AUUUACGUCCACAUUUUUUGAUUUUGUGUUUCAACUCUCAGCUCGCAUCAACCACUCCACAGUCCACAAUAUAUACACUUAGCUACUACAAGGCUCCCCAAUUGAUUUUGGCCCUUAAUUGUCUUCUUAAUUGCUUCAGCCAUGGCGUCAGAGACUGUGAAACUCUUGGGGUUUUGGCCGAGCCCAUUUGAGCUCCGAGCGCGCAUCGCCUUCAACAUCAAAUCUGUAGCUUAUGAGUCCGUGGAGGAGAAUUUGGCGGCCAAGAGCGACCUUCUACUCAAAUCUAAUCCGAUUUACAAGAAAAUCCCUGUUCUCAUUCACAACCAAAACACUGUUUGCGAGUCCCUCAUAAUCGUCCAGUAUAUUGAUGAGGUAUGGACUUCAGGUCCGGCUAUCUUGCCUGCCGAUCCUUAUGACCGGGCCACCCAUCGCUUCUGGGCCACUUAUAUUGAUGAUAAGUGGUUCCCAAAACUGCGUACCAUAGCAGCUGCUGAGGAUGAGGAAGCCAGAAAGGCAGCGAUAGGUGAGGUGGAAGAAGGGUUGGGGGUUUUGGAGGGUGCCUUCCAAAGUUGCAGCAAAGGGAAGAAAUUCUUUGGCGGAGAGAGAAUAGGGUUCUUGGACAUUGCACUGGGAAGCUUAGUGGCCUGGAUAAGGGUCAUCGAGACAUUUAACAGCAUUAAGUUUCUGGAUGAAGCUAAGGUUCCUGGUUUGGCCAAUUGGGCAGAAGAUUUCUGCGGUGAUGAUGCCGUGAAGGAUGUGAUGCCUUCGACUGAGAAACUAGCCGAGUUUGCAAAGACGAUGUUUACCCAUAUGAAGCCCCAAUCUUAAUUGAUUGCUUGAGAAUUGAGAUGUAUAGUAGUCUGCUACUCUGUUUCUCAUCUUGUGAUCUCCUACUUAUUGUUCUGCUUCUGCAAAUUUGCUGCUUAGCAAAUAAACCAAUUUUUUAUUUACCUA